AUGAAGCGGAUGAUGUCACCUGCUUCGUCUUCUUCUUCGAGUCUCGAGAAGAAACAGCGUCUUGAAUCAAAUGAUUCCAUCAUGUUUACGAAUCCUACGAUGUCCAUUUUAAAGAUGACGUCAUCUGAAGAUAAAUUAUUUCAUUUUCUCUUACAAGUAGCUGCUCAACCUCAAGCAAAUGGUGUUGUCCUUCGUGUAGCUGGUGGAUGGGUACGUGAUAAAUUAUUGGGUCGAGAGAGCGAUGAUGUGGAUAUUGUAUUGGAUUCAAUGACUGGUCAUGACUUUGCAGCUCUAGUGAAUUUAUAUGAGACAUCACAGGGUCAUGAUACAAGAGCUAUAGGCGUUAUUAAGGCUAAUCCAGAACAGAGUAAACAUCUUGAGACAGCAACAAUGCAGAUGGGAGAAAAUAUGGGCUCGGUGGACUUUGUAAACCUUCGAGCAGAGACGUAUACGUCAGAGGAUAAUCGGAUACCAAUUGUACGAAUUGGUACACCACAACAAGAUGCUGAACGUCGUGAUUUUACAAUCAAUAGUUUGUUUUACAACUUGGCGACGAAACAAGUGGAAGAUUUUACAAGACGAGGCAUUGAGGACUUGAGGAAUGGACGAUUACGUACACCAUUGGAUCCUCGAGUGACAUUUCUGGAUGAUCCACUGCGUGUCCUGCGUGCAGUACGCUUUGCAUCACGGUUCAAUUGCACGUUGGAGGAAGAUCUGCGUGCAGCAGCGCAGUUGGAGGAAGUCAGGAUUGCGCUUGUACGCAAGGUGAGUCGAGAAAGGGUAGGAAAGGAGGUUUCAAAUAUGCUCACGGGAAGAGCAGCGCACCCUGAACGUGCGUUGCGACUGCUGCAUGAGCUGAAAUUAUGCGAGAGCGUAUUCCUGCCCUCUCCUUUGCUAGAGAAGACACCCAUUUGCUGCCCAGACGGAAAAGAGGAAGAGGUGGACGAGAAUGUAUGGAACCAAUCGUACGCGUACGUAUACGAGAUGUACAUGUACUUGACUUCCGGUAAGGUUCUAGACGUUGACAGUUUGACGUUGGUGAAGAAGCAAGAGUUGCAAGUUCGUUUUUUGGCAUGUGUCUUGUUGCCUUUCCGUGGACUCUGCGUACGAGACAAGCGGCGUCGAUUGAUUGCUACGUUCGUGAUUCAAGAAGCACUCAAGCUACCCAACCGUGAUGCUACAGAUGUGAAUAAUGUUUUAGCCCACGUGAGUGAGCUCCAGGCGGCGACACUUGAUACCUUUGAUCGGAUGAAAACGGGUCUUCUUGUUCGCAGUAUUGGUGCUCAGUGGGAGAUCUGCCGCGAUACGGCGCUAGUGCAAGAACUCACGGACUCUGGACCAGCUGACAAAUCUGCUGACGCACGCGCAACGGUGUUAAAGCGGUAUACCACCUUUACCUCGCAUUUUCACGAGGCAGGUUUGGACGGCGUUUGGGAACUCAAGCCACUGCUGAAUGGUAAUGAUCUUGUGAAGCAGUUGGGAGUAAAGCCCGGUCCGCAAAUGAAAGAAUGGCUUGACCGUAUUCUUGCGUGGCAACUCGCAAACCCUGAAAAGUCACGCAACGAGUGUAUGGUGCACUUCAAAGCGCUAGUAGCCGAUCAGGUAAGCUAA